AGGGAACGCGUUUUUGAAAUAUUAAAUUUGUUCAGGUCCAACCUCAACCUCGUUUGUUUGUAGUAGAACAUGGUUUUUUGAUAUCAAACUUCAUUUUGCUUGUUUCACAGUACUUGCUUUCUUUCGAUACUUUUGAGGACUCAGAUUCAUUGUGAUUCAUUCAACUCAAUCUUUGUCGUGUUGACGUUUCCACGCAACAAGAAUGAUUGAGAGCUGGAAAUUCAGCUGCUUCAGGGAUCUUCGGUUUGGAAUUCUGAGGGUUCUAUCGUUGUGUUUGUUGUUUCAGAGCUUCGGUUUGUGCUGUUCUUUGAACGAAGAAGGUAAAGCUCUUUUGAAGUUGAAGCAGGGAAUAGUGAGUGACCCUUUUGGUGCUUUGACGAAUUGGAUUGAUGAUGAAGUUGUGGUUGACGCGUGUAAUUGGUUUGGAGUUGAGUGUUCAGAUGGAAGAAGAGUGGUGGAAUUGAAUUUGAAAGAUCUUUGUCUUGAAGGAAAUCUGGCGCCUGAGCUCGCGAAUCUUAUUCACAUAAAGUCCAUAAUUUUGCGGAACAAUUCUUUUCACGGGGUCAUCCCUGAAGGAAUUGCACACUUGAAUGAAUUGGAAGUUUUGGAUUUGGGCUACAACAACUUCAGUGGACCUCCACCGACCGAUCUUGAGACUAAUAUUUCGCUAACAAUCCUUUUGCUGGACAACAAUGAUCUUCUUUGUGGUUUUUCUCCUGCAAUUAAUGAAUUGAAGAUGCUUUCUGAAUCUCAAGUAGAUGAAAACCAGCUAAUUGGUGCAGGAAAAAUGUCAGGCUGUACAAGAAGACGCAUCAUACGGCAUGUUGGCCUAAAUGAAAAAGGUCUCCGGAACCUACUGCAAGAAGAUCCUCAUAAUCUUCCAGCUGUUGGUCCCAAUAGUCCUGCUCUGUCUCCGUCUCCAUCUCCAUCUCCAUCUCUGUCUCCAUCUCCAUCUCCGUCUCCUUCACCUUCCCCAUCUGCCCCAGCAACACCACCGAUAGCACUGAAACCACCUUCCCCUUCUCCUCGUCGAAAUGAUUCUUCUCCUUCUCCCCAAACUAAUAGUACCUCAUCAAAGAAUCAUCAUGUUCCUAUUUUGGCUGGUUCUGCGGGUGUUGCUGCAUUUCUUCUCAUUUCACUCACGGGCAUUUAUCUCUGUAAAACAAACAAGGUAACCACCGUAAAGCCAUGGGUUACAGGAUUAAGUGGACAGCUUCAGAAGGCAUUUGUGACAGGUGUGCCAAAGCUAAAGAGGUCAGAGCUUGAAGCAGCAUGUGAAGAUUUUAGUAAUGUAAUUGGUACUUCACCCAUUGGUACAGUGUACAAAGGGACUUUAUCUAGCGGUGUUGAAAUAGCUGUGGCCUCUGUUGCAGUGACAUCAUCCAAAGAUUGGCCAAAUAGUUCAGAAGCCCAAUUUCGGAACAAGAUAGAUACAUUAUCCAAAGUGAACCACAAGAAUUUUGUAAAUCUUCUUGGAUUUUGUGAAGAAGAUGAGCCUUUCACCAGAGUGCUGGUUUUUGAAUAUGCCCCUAAUGGAACACUCUUUGAGCAUUUACACAUAAAAGAAGCUGAGCACUUAGAUUGGGGAACAAGACUCAGAGUUGCCAUGGGCGUGGCUUACUGCCUGCAACAUAUGCACCAGUUGGACCCUCCUUUGCCCCAUAGCAACCUUAAUUCUUCAGCUAUCCAACUCACUGAUGAUUAUGCUGCAAAAAUCUCGGAUUUGAGUAUUUUGAAUGAAAUAGUUUCAGCUAAAACAAAAUCUGGUUCUAGAAAACACAGCGACAUGACAUUGGCAAGCAAUGUUUACAGCUUUGGUGUUGUAUUAUUCGAAAUGGUAACAGGCAAGCUCCCUUAUUCAGUGGAGAAUAGUGGGUCACUUAAUGACUGGGCUUCACACUUUUUACAUGGCGACCGGCCCCUCAAAGAAAUAACGGAUCCAACUCUAGUGUCUUUCCAAGAAGAACAGCUAGAUCAAGUUUCUGAAUUGAUUCAAUCUUGUGUGAAUCCUGAUCCAGAGCAGAGACCAACAAUGAAAGAAGUUAGCUUGAGAUUAAGAGAGAUAACAAAAAUCAGGCCUGAAGCAGCAGUUCCGAAGCUUUCUCCACUUUGGUGGGCAGAGCUUGAGAUUUCUUCUUUUGAUGCAAGCUGAGUUCGGUAAAUGGAAUUGUAAGUAUGGAGUCUUUCCCAUUCUCACAUCCUUUUUCCAUUGGUGAAUGCAAAAAAAAAAAAAAUAGUACUCACUACUCACCUGUAAAUUGAUACAUCUUGUAUCUAUUGGAGAGUGACAAAAAUACAUGUACAUAAGGGAGAUAAAGAAAAUGUUUCUUUUUGGGUGCUUUGUUUAAUUAUGGUUUAUGGAAUUACAUUCAUGUUUGGAUCAA